AUGAUGUCAUCCUCAAUCGGUCAACCCCAUCGACAUCCUUUAUCAGCUUCAACUCAAUCGCAAAUCUCUUCAAAACCGAGCUCGCCUUCAAAUCGAACUUCUCAUCAUCAUCAAAUCAACUCAUUAUAUCAUUCUAUCCUUUCAUCAUCAUCGUCAUCAUCAUCAACUACAAACAUCUAUCAGAAUAAUAUGAGUCAAAUAGCUAGUCCCACUAGUAAUCAUUAUCCUGAUAAAAUCAACCCUAGAUAUGUUCGACUGUGUUGGAUCGAUUUCACGGGCAUGGUUCGAUGUCGUGUAGUUCAUAAAUCAAGAUACGAUAAGAUGGUCAGAUCACCUCCAGAAUCUUUACUAUCAUUGCCUGCCUGUGUCAUGGGUCUUGGUCAUCAUGAUGAGCUGUCACCUGGUUUCGGCCCUGUGGGCGAUCUUUAUCUUCAACCGGAUAAAAUUUCAUAUCGCCCAUUGACCUAUGAGCCCGAUCAUGCAAUGGCGAUGUGUAGUCUCCUAAGGAAACGAGAGCCAGACUACUUUAGUGAAAAUGGUCUCGAUCAAGCUACCUUCACGCCUUACCCACUCUGUCCUCGGUUUAUCCUCAGCUCGACCCUACAAGGGGGUGUGGUCGAUUGCGGUAUCUCUUAUCUCGUUGGUUUUGAAAUUGAAGUUGUUUUAUUAGAGUCGAUCGAUCCUCUUGUACCUGUUGAUGGAGGUCUUAAGAAUCAUGCUUGGAGUACUCAUUCAAGUAUGAGAUCAGGUAAAGGCUCAUUAGCGAUGCACACUCGACCAAACGUUCAGAGGAUCGGAGUCGAACAAUGGCACGCUGAAAGUGCGCCUGGUCAGUAUGAACUGGCGCUUGCUCCGCACGCCGCGUUUCAGUCAAUCGAUCAGUUGAUUUAUGCGAAGGAGUUGAUAUACAGUGUGGCAAAUCAGAUGGGCUUGAAGGCUACCUUUUCGCCUAAGCCAUUCGCAAAUUUUUGCGGUACUGGAGCACACAUGCAUAUAUCGCUGCACAGGCGCAAUAAAGUACGUACGCACGGGUAUCACUUUCCUCACACUCAGAUCGUUUGGCUUUAUACGAGUCCACAAUCACCCACCGGUUUGCUUGAUCAUGACUCGGUCAUCUCUCCGUGUUUGCGACCGGUCACUACGAGUCCCGCGCUCAAUGUGAUUGAAAGCCAUUGGCUCGCAGGGGUCUUAUUACACCUACCCGCAAUCACCGCUUUUACUCAGCCGUCCACAUUCUCAUACGAGCGAGUAGGUGAUGGUACCUGGUCAGGCGGCGUUUGGUCAUGUUGGGGCACGGCAAAUAAGUUAAGCCCUUAUAUUGCGGAUCCCAAUUUACCAUCGAUGCUCAGUGAACUAUUCCCUACUGACAUGUGUUUCAUUGCAUAUGGUAGGGAGGCGCCUAUUCGCCUCUGUACCUCCUCGGCUACGUCUAGUUCGACCGAAAAGCAUUUUGAGUUGAAGACAGCAGAUUUUACGUCGAACAUAUAUCUUGCCCUCAGCGUGGUGCUAACUGCGGGCUUACUGGGAAUUCAAACCCCUCUUGAUUUAGUACAGACCGAUUGUCGCGUCGACCCUGCAAAAUUGACUACUCAGGAAAGAGAAGCCCACAAAAUCACGACCUCAUUACCACGGACGUUAGAUGAAGCUUUGUCAGCGUUGGAGAAGGAUACAACGUUGGCUAAAGCAUUGGGUCAGGUUUUUGUGAGAGCUUACACCACGACCAAAAGAGCGGAAGCUGAACGCUACAAAGCUCUUCCGGCUGACCAACAACAGAGGUUCGCCUUGGAACAUUAUUGA